AUGAGCUACUAUGCCAACUAUUGCAAAGGCCUGGGCUUCAGCUGUGGAGGAUUUGGUGGCCUGGGCUAUGGCCAUGGCUGCGGAUACUAUGACUAUGGUUCUAGUUAGGGAGGCUAUAGAUACAACUGUUGCCACCCCUUGUGCUAUGAAGGAUAUCAAUUCUCUGGCUUCUAUUGA